UUAGUAAAGCCAGAAAUUCUUGAAUAGAAAAAAUGAAGAUUGUUACUGGAACGCUUCUCUUUACAAUCGCAGCUUCCCUACUUGAUACUGUUGUUUGCUUUAUGGACUGGGAGAAUUAUGAUCUACAUCAGGCUACGGCAAAGGAUGUAGAGGAUCUUCGAAAGACUCACAAGAGUCGAGCGCAACCAGCUAUAUAUUUACAUAAUCAUAUUCCAGUAUUUGAAGGCCUUGAAUACACCCGUGAAGCGGGAAUUCAACCAGUGCAACAGUCACGCCAAGAACCAGAGCAACAGCUGCAACUAGUGCAACAUAAACAACACCUGCAACAGCUACGCUAAGAAGUAGUGCACCAGCAAAGGAAACAACCAGGACAACCGCAAC